CUCUAACUGCUGGUACAAACGCCACAAGGUGGAGGCACAUAUCUAUCGGUGGACAUAAAAGGCGUAAAUAUUUUUUUUGUGCAAUGAGAGCGUUGAAUAACUGCUUAUAAGUCAACCUGGAAUCAACAACAGACCAUUCACAGGCGAACAUCAGCUCAAAGGAGGGAAACCCUUCUGCGAGAACUGGCAUCAGUAUGAUGCAAACUUUAUUCACCAUCCUGUCCGGGUUGGCUAUCAUUCUUUUAUUACUUUACAGGAAAUUCCCCUACUUUGUGCAGGAUGUAAUGCACGCUCGUUUAAAUAUUUGGAUCAGUGGACAAAGAGCGAAGUUCCUGCAGACCACGCCGUACUUCACCGUGCUUGAUCGGUUCCUGGAGCUGGCCAAGACGCAGCCAGCAAAGCCCUUCAUUAUAUUCGAGGACGAGUUGUUCACCUACGGAGAUGGGGACCUUCAGAGCAACAAGGUGGCCCGGGCUUUGAGGCAGCAUGCCGGGCUCAGAGAAGGGGACACCGUUGCGCUGUUCCUCGGGAACCAGCCGCUCUUUGUUUGGCUGUUGCUCGGACUUGCGAAACUGGGCUGCGCGCCUGCCCUGAUGAACUACGGCAUCAGAGCCAGCCCUCUGCUACAGUGCCUCUCCUGCACCAGCGCCAAAGUCCUCAUCGCCGACGCAGGUGUGCGGGGGGCCGUGGAGGAGGUGCUGCCCAGCUUGCGGCAGAAGGGCAUCCGAGUGUUCAUCCUGGGGGAGGCCUGUAGCUCCGAGGGCCUGGAGGCUCUCAGUGAUAAGAUCCAGCAGGCCUCGGACCACCCUCUGUCCCCCCAGCUCAGGGCUCAGGUGAAGGCCACAACCCCCACCGCAUACUUCUAUACCUCUGGCACGACAGGUCUGCCCAAAGCCACGGUGAGCACGGAGGCCAAGGCCUGGGCGGCGGCCUUCCUCCUGACCCACGCCCACGUGGGCGCCCAGGACCGUCUUUACCUCACACUGCCUCUGUACCACAUGUCAGGGCUGCACGCCGGGCUGCACGGCGCCAUAGAGAGAGGCAUCACGGUGGUCCUGAAGAGGAAGUUCUCGGCCUCCCAGUUCUGGGCGGACUGCAGGCGGCACAACGUGACGGUGAUCCUCUACAUCGGGGAGAUCCUCCGCUACCUCUGCAACACGCCCGCGGUCCGCUCACCACCUCACCUGCAGCCUUUCACCAGACAUUCAGCCAUUCAUUCACCUCAAAAUCAGGGGGCAGACGACCGGCGACACACGGUCCGAGUCGUUGUGGGGAACGGCCUGCGCGCCGACGUGUGGAGGCUCUUCCUGCAACGCUUUGGGAAGAUCAGGAUCACGGAGUUCUACGGGUCAAGCGACGGGAAUACGGCACUGAUGAACUACCCCGGACGAGUCGGCGCCGUUGGGAAGGUCAACUUCUACCACCGGAGGGUCGCUCCCUACGUGCUCGUUCAGUUCGACCCGGAGAGGGAGGAGCUGGUCAGAGACGCAUACGGCCUGUGUGUCCAGGUUCCAACCGGGGAGACCGGACUGUUCCUGUCUAAGAUCACGGCCAGGAAUCCCUUCGGGGGGUACCUAAACAACCCCGAGCAGACGGAGAGGAAGAAGGUGCGGGACGUGGUGGAGAAGGGGGACUUGUUCCUGAACAGCGGAGACCUGAUGAAGAUCGAUGAGGACGGCUUCGUCUUUUUCCAGGACCGCGUCGGGGACACCUUCAGGUGGAAAGGAGAGAACGUGGCCACCACAGAGGUGGCUUCCAUCCUGACCAUGAUGGACUCUGUUUUGGAUUCGAAUGUGUACGGAGUCCAGCUGCCAGGACACGAAGGCAGGGCUGGGAUGGCCACGCUGACCUUGAAAGAGGGGAAGACCCUGGACUGCAGAGAGACCUUCGCUCACAUCAGCCACUCUCUGCCUCAGUUCGCUUGGCCGCAGUUUAUCAGGAUCCAGAAUGACCCUGAACUCACCGGCACAUUCAAACAGGUCAAAUUCAGGCUAGUGAAGGAAGGCUUUGAUCCGAGCACCAUCCGGGACCCGCUGUUCAUCGUGGACCCCGGCAGGAAGACGUACAGUCCCCUCACACAGGACUGUUACGACUCCAUCUGGUCGGGGAAAGUCAAACUGUAAUUUGAAAGAGGUCAGAUUGUAAAUGGAGGGAAAUCCUCGGCCAAACGUAUUAUUCCACCGACUAGCUUGAAGUCUUAUUACUGCUCGGACAGAAUGUUUCUGCCCGUUAUCGUUAUGUAUCAUUAGCUGAGCAUUAUCAACAGGGGAGCCUCUGACCGACUUUACCAUCAUCCCUUUGAUAUCAUACCUGGAGAGGUGUGUGUGUGUGUGUGUGUGUGUGUGUGUGUGUGUGUGUGUGUGUGUGUGUGUGUGUGUGUGUGUGUGUGUGUGUGUGUGUGUGUGUGUGUGUGUGUGUGUGUGUGUGUGUGUUCCACACAGCUGUGAGGUCAUCGUUGACCGACAGCCACAUCGCCUGCAACAUGACACAUUUGGGCCGGUUAACAUCUGUGGUUAAAUGUGACGUACGAUUGAUACAAGUUGCAUUGAAAAGACUGACUGUCAACGACAUCAAUGAUUGACCAAUAUUAUCAAGGCCCAUUUCACAACCUCUUUCUGCCUAAUGAUUGACACUGAUAACCGCAGAGCAAUGAAGAAACGUAUUUCUCCCUUCUCAACAUGGUGAUGUUUGAGAAGUGAAGUUUGUGAAGUUUUUUUUGUUAUCAAAUACACACUACUACACACACAGAAAGAAAAGAUGCACAAGAACAUUAUUAUUCGUUCUUAGGUAUUCAUCCAAUUUAUUUCACUGGCACUUUAAAUAAGUUCAUGUUGGCUUCCAAGACAAAGACCGUCAUGUAAUGUUUUCAGAACAAUAAAAAGAUUUACAAAAGCAGGUUUUGUCACGAAUCAUCGUUACUGUUAAAACCAGCCGACUCGUUACACACCAGGUCCUAACAACAAAGGACAAAGGGCAUGAUUGUAAUUAUUGUACAAAUGGGGUAACUGUAGCGCGUUUGGUAGGAAGGAGAAUGAAUCAAACAUAAUAAAUGUUUAACUACGGACCCAGCAGAACGUUCCAUUCCAGGCGAAUAUUUAAACUCACUAAAAUAUGUGUAAUUUCUUUCACAAAUAGAAAUCGGAAGUUACAAUAUCAUUUAGAAUAGGUGGGCAUAGGUAACUGUCUGAGUGUGUGAAUGAUGGCAGGUUUAGGCAACCAUCAUCCAUAAGCCGUUUCUCACUAUAAGGCCCCUAGUGUAGUCGGUGCACCUGCAUCUUUUUAAAGUGAUUAAUGUUAAAGCAAUAACUGGUUAAGAGUGCCAUCCAGUAAUGAGACUUGUUCAGGAUUGCCCGUAGUGCAAACACUCUUCGCUGUUCAAAAUGGACCAAAGGUGACUCAGUGUUUGCUCUUUUUAUCUUUAGCCAAGUUCAACAGCAUAAUCACUUAUUGUC